UCUUCUCAUACUUUCCCAUUACUCUCCAUUCCAAAACCCACAAAGGCUACUAAUUUUCCGCUCCAAAACAACUUGGGUUUUCUUCAGUUCCUCAUAAAGUUUUUAUCUUUCGAUCACCCAAAAGUUUCUUUAAUUUUUUCUUGGAAACAAAAAAAAAAAAAAAACAAAAUUUAUUCUGUUUUUUUCUGUUCUGAUCGAUCAACAUUGUGAUCAAAUGGCCUCCGCAGUGUGUCAAGGUUUGCAAUCUUGCCUGGAACCUCCUCUCACAGAAUCAACGGUUUUAACCCACAAAUCGUCUUCAAAACCUUCCCAACUUCAUCAAAAACCGAAUACCGAAGCAAAUUCUGUGACAGACGAUAAAAAUGGUGAGAGAGUUGGCAAGAACAAGGUGUUCAGUUUUUUUAAUGUUCUUGAAAACCCGUCUUCCAAUAGUAAUUUAAAAAAUGAGGAAGUUUAUGUUCAUCCAAUGGUGAAGCUUUCUGCUUCGACAUUAAGUACGAUGAGCUUAGAAAUGUGUACGGAGAGUUUAGGUACUGAAACUGGGAGUGAUGUGAGUGAAAGCAGUGAUGAGCUUAACUGGGAGGAGAGAGAGAUGUUUCGGUCAAAAGCUAGGAAUUUAUACCGGAAAGUGGCGAGCCGGAGCCACCGUGGAGGCUUUCCGCCGCCGUUGACCUCCAUUAGUGGCUCAGAUGGUACUGUGAAAGUGAGCCCUCACAGGGAAGGUGGCCGGUUGGUAAUCAAAGCUGUGAGUGUUUCUGACUGUGGUACAAAGUUCGAAGCAGAACGUACGGAUGGGAGACUUAGGUUGUCACUGUCGAAGGACUGUUGUGAAAAUGUUGAAACUGGGAGGGCUAAUAAGAAAAAGGAAGGUGGUGAAAAAGAAUCUUGUGAUGGUGACGUGGAAGAUGGUGGGUGGUGGUGGGAGGUAGAUGGACGUAACUCAAACUCAAAACGACCAACUCGUGUAGCAGCAAACUCGUUCGAUCAAGAGUCGACUGAGUUUAGGUUAAGGAGUUGCAAAGACGGUGGAAACGGGAAUAAGGGAAUAGGAAACUGGAGUUUGUUUCGGCCGGUGGUUAUAUCUUAAACAUGAAAAUGGCGAUUAUCUUCACAAUUUUCAUUAAUAGUAAUCGUCAGCGAAUAACUAUUGAUCCAGAAUGUGUUAUCAAGACCGUUGUUUAUGAUUAUAUUGGGAGCUGAGGACUAAUUUUCACGGGUCAUUAAAUAAUACCGAUGUGUAUGGUGCGGAUUUAAGUUAAUAUCGUCAUGUCAUGUGUAUUUAUUUUGUGGAUUAUUUAAUAUAUAAUCUAAUGAUAGGUUUUUAUGGA